AUGCUAACACGUGAGCGUGAUAGUCUUACAUACAAAAGUCUUCUAUCCGUACCUGGACUUCCAGCUAGAUACAGAAAAUCAAGAAUCUUUUGGAAUUGCCUAGUACGUUGUAGCGCACUUCGUCGUCAUCCUCAAAUUGAGGCGUGGCGUCGAAGUAAGCGACAGGCUCCUCACUGGACACAUCAGGUAUUACACGACUAUUACGAUGAAUUUUAUCUUGGAACUGUUACAAUUGGAACGCCAGGGCAAGAACUUUGGCUGGCCAUGGACACUGGCUCUUCUAUUAUUUGGGUCAUUGAUGAAUCUUGCGAUAGUCGCGAGUGCAACGGCUAUCCUAAUAGUGGUCUCAAUAAACGAAAAUUUCAUAAAAAAUUCUCGAAUACCUUCAAGUCCUACGGUAAACCAUUUUCGAUAAGUUAUCAUACAGGAUGGACCAGCGGGACAGCUGCAGAAGAUACAGUCCGCUUCGGAGGCUACGCACUUAAAGGUCAAAAAAUUGGAGUUGCAAAUAGACUGGCACCGUUUCUUGCACAGAUCCCCAUAGAAGGAGUAUUUGGACUAGGCUUGCCCUCCGAGAUAGCAACUGGCAAUGUGGGUUGA